AUGUCAUUGGAAGAAGCUAAUGCAUUUUCUGCUCUCAACCAACUCAUCAUUCCGGUUAGUUGAAAACACUUUUUUUUUUGAAAAAUCAUCGAAAAAUUGUUCAGAAUUUCCAAAAUAAUGUUCUGCCAACACCAAAACUUCCAAAUGGUGAUAUUAAAAUGGAUGAUCAAGUGAUGCAACUUCUUCAAAAUUUACCACUUUUCAACAAUGUUCAACAAAUGCUUAUUCAAACAAAUCAAUUGCAAAAUGAGAAUAAUCUCGAAGUCGAAGCUGAAAAACCAUCUCCUUCAAAUGAUUCCGAUUCAUCAAGAAAUGCAAAUUCACCAAUGGAUAUUAAUAAUGACGAUUCGGUGAUGAAUGGAACAAUUGGAAAUCAAGAAAAUAUGUCAAAUAAUGGGUUAGUUUUUUUUAAAAGUUUUCUCGAAUUUCAAAAUGUGUUUUACAUUAAAAUUUUUGAAACAAAUAUUUGUAGAAAAUCUCAAUCUUCUCGAUCAGAUGGUUGGUUUGAAUGUUUCACAACAACUUCGAAAUCAGAAUACGAAGCCUUAAUUUAUUCAUUGUAUGUAAUUGAUAAAGAUGAUCGAAAAAUGGAUGGAUGGCAAUAUUUCGAAUGUUUGAAUCGACUUCAAAACAAAUGUCGUUUCAAAAUCCGCGUCAAAAAACAAGACGAAUUUUAUAUUGUAGAAGAGAAAUGUGGACAUAAUCAUGGAAUUGAACCAGUUGGACAAGCUGGAAGCCAUGCUGGAUUACCAAAAACACUUCGAGAAAUUGUUGACAAAUCAUUCAAUGAAAAUUGGUUGCAAGAAAUUAGAACAUCAAAAAUUGAUGAGGAAAUUCGACGACUUGGUUUGCCACCAAAUCCGAGACUUGGAAGACAAAUUGACAAUCGGGUGGCGUAUUUGAGAAGAGUUAAGAAUUUACAAGAAUCGAAACGAAUUCAAGAUCAAAUUUCUGGAGGAUCAACAAGUUCUGGUAACUCACUGUUUGACGCACAAAUGUUACAAUUAUUGGGAGCUAGUGGAGAUAACAAUUUUCCAUUGAUGGAAACUUUGAUGAGUCAACAAGCAGAACAAGCUAAUGAACAAGAUGAUGCUGAAAAUGAACAACAUGUUGAUGUCGAAAAUCAAGUUGAAACCAAAAUCAUGACUGAUCCAAGUAAAGUUCUCCAACAAUUAAUUGAACAACAAAAAGCGCAUCAAAACGAGCAAGCUGUUCAAUUCAUUCAACAAGUAAGUUAAUUUUAUUUCGAUAAAAAACUAAUUUCAUAAUUUUUUAUUCUUCUAGGCGAUUCCAAAUCUUGAAAUGAUGACUCCAAACAAUACUCAAUUCAACACUCCUUCCGAAUAA